AUGAAACCGCUGACAACCCUAUGUAACAAGGAAGAAGCAUUCGUUCGGAGCACGCGCGUGCGCAACGCACUUGGACACGCUGUCUUGUUUGAGUCCACCGUUGAGCAUAGGCCACCCUCACACACAGCCACGAAGGACCAUCCUGAGCCACCUGCAAUCAUCGUCGUUUCAUCCGUCGCCCAUGGACAUCCACAACUCCAGGAGGGUUUCCUCCGA